GCCUCGGACUUCUCACACAGUCGCCAGCAUGAGAGCCUCCACUGGAUUCUCUCUUCUUGCUUCACUUCUGGGGGUUUGUCUCGCUGCUUCCAAUGGGAAACGGGAUGACAGUACAGAGUCGUUCGACCUGUUCGCGGGAACUGAUGCCCAGGAUGCGAAAUUCGAGUCGUCGGCUUCGGACAUGCAGUACACUUUGUCUGGAGGUAUCCCGUAUCCGAACCCUUUCUUCUUCGACAGGUUAGGAACGACUGGACCGGUUCUCCUGCAAGCUACCAACCUCAUCGAACAGCUGGCGCAUUUUGUUCGUGAACGAGUGCCCGAGAGAACGGUGCAUGCCAAGGGAGCAGGUGCCCAUGGGUAUUUCGAAGUCACUACCGACAUUGGGGCCCAAUACAGUUCAGCCGCCUUUCUUUCCGAGGUUGGAAAGCGUACACCUGUUACUGGCCGCUUCUCCACCAUUGCCGGCAACCUAGGGAACCCAGAUAACGUCCGUGACUUGCGUGGAUUGGCAUUCAAGUUCCGCACAGAAGAGGGUAUACUCGACUGGGUUUUCUUGAAUCACCCGGUGUUCUGGAUCCGCGAUCCGACUAAGUUCCCUCACUUCAUCCAUUCCCAAAAACGUAACCCGCAAACCCAUCUCACCGACCACAACAAUUUCUGGGACUUUUUGUCGGCAAACAACGAAAGUAUCUACCAGGUCAUGCGAACGAUGACCGAUCUAGGGACACCUUAUGGUUUCAGACACAUGAAUGGGUUUGCGGGAAACACUUUCCGUGCCGUCAAGGAUGAUGGAACAUGGAGCUACAUCAAAAUCUCUGCCUAUAGCGAUCAAGGCAUCAAGAACAACACCCAGGAUGAGUCUACUCUCCAAGCCGGCAUUAACCCCGACUUCGGUAUCCAGGACCUCUUCGAGAAUAUCGAGGCCGGGAACUAUCCCAGUUGGACGUUCUACUGGCAGAUCAUGGAUCCGAAGACGGCAGAGACCUUCAGAUAUAACAUCUUUGACCUUACGAAGGAGUGGCGGACAGAUGUCGUACCACUGCAAGAGAUUGGCCGCUUGACCUUGACCCAGAACCCGACGAACUACUUCCAAGAAGUCGAACAGAUCGGAUUCGAUCCUGCGCAGAUGCCUUCUGGUCUUGAGCCCACCGAAGACCCUAUGCUUCAGGCUCGUCUCUUUGCCUACGGAGAUGCCCAGAGGUAUCGCAUUGGGAUAAAUCACAAACAGCUUCCCAUCAACGCGCCGAUUAACCCAGUCGCAAACUUCCUUCGUGAUGGUGCCAUGGCGUUCAACAAUCAGGGAAGGCGGCCAGACUAUAUGUCGACCAUCGACCCCAUCCAGGUCGAGGCCCGCCCUUACAACGACGACAACCACACCAUCUGGACUGGGGGCGCCGUUAAGUACGUCAGCACGCCGUCCGAGAUCGACUUUGACCUGCCCAGGAUCUUCUGGGCGAACCUCACUACACAGGAUCAGGACAACCUCGUUUACAACGUCAUCGGACAUCUCGGUCAAGCUAACAACGACGUCGUUAAGUCGAGAAUGUUGGGCAUAUUCGCGCACGUUAACCAGACUCUGGGAGAGAGGAUCGCAGCCGGGAUCAACAUGACCCUUCCCUCGACUAACUCGAGCUCUUCGGAUCCUACUGGUACGAGUUCUGCGAAUGCGACCGCUACUAGCGUUAUCUCGAACAACCCAAGCCUUGGGAACGAGACAUCGUCUAUCUAAGCUUCACUAUCUCCACGCAGUAGGGACGCGGAUGGUUUUGACUUGAUUUCAUGAUUUAUACCGCAUUUAUUUCGUUCCAGCUUCUUUUUAUUGCGAGGUUUGAAUAUCCCUGGGCCGUUCACGUAACGAAUUCACGAAUAUUUCACGUGCAUGUAGAUGUACGGUUUUUUCCUCUUCUUUCAUAAUACAUGUUUCUUGGACCUCUGAGUAUCAACCUCAAGUUCGUUCAGCUUUGUGCUUAGACUUGGAGCGUAACAAAUAGGCCGCAUAUCUAUCAGUUGGUCUACACUGUCCGUGGCCGGUUUUAUGAACAACGACUGAUUUCACCGCGCUCUCAGCAGUGUCCCAUGUAAAUCCGUCGUCCCUCCCGCCUUCGGGUUCAACUACUU